AUGGCAAGCAGUAUUCCAGCAGCGCUACGAUCCUCCGACAUUGGGCGCUUUGCCAUAAGGGCAGCGCAGGUCGAAAAGGCCAGGCCCGUGGUCGCCUACUGGUGCAAUUUCCAUAUCGUGAACCAGAUUAUCGAGAGAGGACUUCACAACUCCGAUGAAGAAAUCAAAACCUACACUACAGACCUUGUCGACAAGCUGGAGCAGUUUAAGAGCGAUAACUCUGAAAAUGAGGCUGUGACGGAUAACGAUGCGGCCAGUGCUUAUAUCGAGCAAUUUGGACUGGAGAUUUUCAAUAGUGCCGAGGCUGCUAUGACUGCCAAUAAAGUGACCAAACAAACUGCCGAUAAAUUCCAAGCUGCAGCUAUCUUUCUCGAGCUAUGUCAGAUUUGGGGGGAGCUGGACGCAGAGAUUGCAGGAAGGAUCAAGUUUGCCAAAUACCAUGCGGUCCGGAUCGUGAAGGCCUUUAAGGCCGGGGAGGAUCCUAAUGCGACAAACCCCGCACCAAAAGAAGAAGAAGAAGAAGAACUGGUAACAGCGACGGACCCAGAAGUGCAAGCAUUCGAUGAGUCGGUGGCAGAGCAGGCCUCGAAGCCACGGCAGGCCUCCGUCGAAGAGGUUCCAGAUGAAGCUGAUCGUCUGACGCGCCAAUUGGCCCACCAAUCUACCUUGGACGAAUCGCUGCACCCAUCCCGAACAUCUUCAAUUCCACGCGCUCCUGCUGCUUCGGAACCCGAGAUCCCCUCAGUACCCAGCAAUCCGCCCGGUACACCUGGAAGAGCGAGGGAUAUUAACCUGCCAGACGCCGGUGGCCUAGACCUCCCAUCUACACCCGGAACCAUUGGUGGCAAAAUUGGCGGUCACGCUCCCGUCAUAGAUCUCCCAGAUACUCCUGGAACUUCAGAUCUUCAUGUAUCGCACGCACCGACUCAUUCAAAUACCUUCCAGUCCUUCCCUCCUCCAUCAGCAACUAGCCCAUCGAUCGAGGCACCAAACCCAGCUUCUUUCUACGAUCCGUCGAGUACAAUUGCUCAUAUUCCUCCGCCACCAGCACCUGCCUCGAUUCCAGCUCCGGCUGCCCGUAUCCCUGUUGCGCCGGCUCCUUCAGCCCCAAGUCAGCCCUCGCACUCCGUGGACGAUCACAAUAUCUCCCUGGCACAGAAACACGCUCGUUGGGCAGUCUCGGCUCUUACUUUUGAUGACGUGGACACUGCGAUUAAAGAACUUAAGAAUGCUUUGAGAUUCUUGGGUUCAGAAUGA